UACAUUAAGCCUCCCUUCCUUUCUUGUUCUCUCUCUCUCUCUCUCUCUCUCUCUCUCUGUGCUGCAUGGAGCUUGACAGAAAGUUGAGAGAGGAAUUCCCUUACCUUUCAAGCCUUCUCUCUGAAUAUCCCUUGAAACAAGAGAUAGCAAGUGUGUUUUCCUCCCAUGAAGCUCCUCUCUCUUCUAAUAAAGGAUUGUUUCACAGUAUUCACCAUCUUGAUCAUCAUAAUCACCACCUGCCCAUUAAUGGUCCAUCACUUUUCAAUUCUCAGUACCAUCUUGAUCAUACCAUUGAAGGGUCCUCAAAGAAUCCCUUUGUAGGGAUUUCAGCGACAUGCAUCGAUCCUUUGGAGCCUUUCACAAAUGGGUUCUCUAAUGAUCUCACUGCUUUUGUAUCUGCAGCUUUGUUGCCAGUCAAUGGUGGAGAAUCUGGAGAUGAUCAUAGGCUCUUGCGUGGAAGUUUAGAGAGAAGACCUUUUGGGGAUCAUAAUCCUCAAAAAAUUGAUGAAACUACUGAUCUAUUGGAUCAAAAGUUCACAUAUCAUCAUCAGUCUCUAAAUUUUGAAGAAAUGGGUUCGAUGAAUCUUGCCAAGGUACCAGAUGAGGUCUCAUGCAUUACUGCAGAUAAUGGGUAUAACAAGAAAACUGAUCACAGGAAAGAUAAAAGGUUUCAGAUUAAAAAAGAAGGAAAAAUUCAUAAGAAAUCCCACAUAAUCAAAGGCCAAUGGACUCCUCAAGAAGACAGAGUAUUAGUGCACUUGGUGAAACAAAAUGGAAUAAAGAAAUGGUCUCAGAUUGCUAAGAUGCUGGAAGGAAGGGUAGGGAAACAGUGCAGAGAGAGAUGGCACAAUCAUUUGAGGCCAGACAUCAAGAAAGAUGCUUGGACUGAAGAAGAAGACGAAAUCCUAAUUGAAGCCCACAAAGAAAUAGGAAACAGAUGGGCUGAAAUAGCCAAAAGAUUACCUGGAAGAACAGAAAACACCAUCAAGAACCACUGGAAUGCAACCAAGAGAAGGCAAUUUUCCAGGCGAAAAGGGAAGGACCCAAACUCAAAACCCACCCUCUUGCAGAGCUACAUCAAGAAUCUAACUUCUUCUUCAACUGCUUAUCAUCAUCCGGAUAACAGGAAUCCACGGGAUGAUCAUCACAAGGAGAUCUCGGUUUCCUUCUCAGCUGAUCAUCAUCACCUGAUGAGAGUCCCAUCAUCAUUAACGCAUUGUGAUGAUAAUGAGGGAUCAAAUAAGUUUUGUGUGGACGCAAACUUAUUGUUUAGUGAUAGUUAUGGGUUUGUGUCGUCCUCGCUUGAUGAAAUUCCCUGUGCUUCUGUGGUUGAUGAGAGCAAUAUGGUGUACGACAUGUCUUUAGAAUUGUAUAGUCUGAUGAAGGGUACUACUACUCAAGCAAAGGAGGAGAUGGAUUUGCUAGAGAUGAUCACCCAACGAAGCCAUUAAUAAAUUAAGUCCUUGUGGUGCCUCCAUGCAUGCAGUGGUGUAGCUAGAAUUGGCUUCAAGCAGUACUUGGUAUAUAUAUAUAUAUUUUCCUUUUUUAAAUUAAUGCUUUUCGUGCUUGCUGGUUUUAAUUUCUGCUUUUUAUAUAUAAAGAAUGUUUCUCGGAUUUCUAAA